AAUAAAAAUGGAGCCGAGUUCUUACAAUCUGAACCUUCUCUGGCCAUUAGGUUUACCACUUUGCCCGAUCCGUAUGAAAUUUGUUCCCGUGUGGGGUUCCCGAAGUGCUGCUCUGUGGAAUCCCAAUUCCCAGAGAUAUAUCUGUUUCGAUCAUUAGCUAUCUAUAAUUCGUGAAUUAUGGUGUUGGAUCUUUAGCUAUCUAUCACCCGUCCUUGAUUCUUUUCUUCCAAAUUUUCAAUCAUACGGAAGUUUGUGCUGACAUUUUCUUUCGAGGAGACGAUUUCUCUCCAAUUUAAUUCUUUGGCUGCAUUUUUCAAGGAGGCCUUUGAUAAUUGUAAUCAGAAGGAUUUAAUCCCGCAUAUAUCUUGCGAUUUUCCGGACAAAUGGCAAGUGAACAAAGGACUUAUGGGGCCUCAACUCCAAAGGUGAAAGCCAAUUGGACCCCUGCGUUCCACAAAAUAUUUGUUGAUUUAUGUCUAGAGCAGACACUUAAGGGGAAUAAACCUGGGACACAUUUUACCAAGGAAGGGUGGAGGAAUAUUGCUGAUACAUUCUGUAAAAGAUCAGGGUUGAGGUAUGAUAAGAAGCAACUGAAGAAUCAUUGGGAUGUUACUAAGGAGCAAUGGAAAGUCUGGUGUAAGCUUGUUGGCACUAGUAGCAUGAAAUGGGAUCCCAACACCCAAACAUUUGGCGCAAGUGAAGAGGAUUGGACUAACUAUUUGCAGACAAACCCAGAUGCUGCACAGUUUCGGUAUAAGGAGCUCCAGCUCGCUGACCAACUGGAAACCAUCUUUGAUGGAACAGUGACUAUUGGGGAAACAGAACCCCCAACUCAGCGUAGAAAGCAGAAUGAUGGUUCAGCCUCCUCACUUUUGCCUAUAAGGGUUGCGGAAAAUGCAAUCCCUUAUAGGAAAUUUCAGCAACACUGUGAUGCUGUAGAAUCGAGGAGCACUGUAACAGUUCAAUCUGUUCAAGGAGAACGAAACUAUAGCAUUGGGGAAUGCAUUGAAUGUCUAGACGAGAUUGAGGAAGUAGAACCUGGAAGCGAGCUGUACUUGUUUGCAUUGGAUGUCUUCCUUAAGAAGGAUUAUCGGGAAAUUUUCCUUCAACUGAAGACUCCAGGCAUAAGGGUUGCAUGGCUACAAUGGCGGAAAUCAGCUGGUCCACCUUUGCAUUAGGGUGGCUUUUGUGUUUUGGACUCGUUCAACAACUAAGGUAGCUUUGGAUUUGGUCGUGUUGAAACUUUUUUGGAAUGUUAGUUUAGAAUUCUCAGUCUGUUGUUGCUAGGGGAAUUGUACUCAAUUUUUUAAAUAUUCAAAUUUAUCGUCGAGUACAUUUAUCUUUGUUUUGUUUGUUUGUCACUAGCAUAUCAAAUUUGUAGAAACAUCUUGGACCUGGAAAAUAUGUGUUCUCUUCCUCUUGCUUAUCA